AAAAAAAAUUUGGACAAAUCUGUUUUAGUUUAUUUAUUGCCAAAUUACUCAUUGAAAAUGUUUUAGAGAAAUUUUAGUAAUUGUAUACACAUAAAACUGUCAAUACAGACACAGAGCUUGAAUUGGCAUUGCUAAAGUUAUUGUGAGCGAGUGGGACAGCAAGAAAACACAAACACUCGCAAAAGUUUCACAAUCACUCAGUGAUCUUUUGUGAAUUUUCCAGUCGUUUGUGAAUGAAUUAAGUGAGUGCAUGACGAAUGCAAAAACCAAAGAGGAAAAGGCAACAUCAGCAACGUAGUUUAACUUUGAAAUGAGAUGCAAACUCGACGUCGCCUUCAUCAGCAGGACCAGCAGGAUUACAACUACACUACUAACAGCGUCAAUUAUCAAACAGAGGAUCAGCGUCCCCAUCAUCAUCAACCAGGAGCAUCAGCAGGUGGCGGCGGAGGUGGUGGUGGAGGAAUAAUUCAUACGUUAAUCCAACCAGUGCAGCAGCCUUUGUUGCAACACCAUCAGCAGCAGCAACAGCAACAAUUCCAUAACGAGGCAUCGAUUAGCAUUGGCGUUGUCGAUCCAUCGCAAUUUGCCACUCAACCAGAUCCAGACGAUAAAUACGGCAAAGCGGCUCGCCAGUGGAAUUUGCGUGCCUUUUCGGGACAGGCUUUGCGGACUUUGAGCGCCGCUGCAGCUGUGGUCACUGGAAACCAUUCGGGUGAUAAUAAUAACUACGAUAAAUACAAUUACAGUGCAAUUGCAACUUCGGAUCCGCCACCAAACAAUUUAAAAGAGGAUUUGGAUUUACUUGAACCCGAGGAGGAGAUCUUUAUUAUGGCGGCUAGAGAUCGUACAGGAGAAUUUGCCAAUGCGAUUCGAUCGCUGCAGGCAAGAAACAUCACAAGGGCCGUAAAUAUACGAGAUCCGCGAAAGGCCAAACAAGUUCAGAGCUAUUCAGAGUUCAUGAUGGUGGCCAGAUUUAUUGGCAAGAACAUAGCCAGUACAUAUGCCAAACUGGAGAAGCUCACCAUGUUGGCCAAAAAGAAAAGCCUGUUCGAUGACCGACCGCAAGAGAUACAAGAGCUAACGUACAUCAUUAAGGGCGAUCUGAAUGCCUUGAACCAGCAAAUUGCCAGACUUCAGGACAUCUCCAAGGAUCAACGUAGAAAUACAAAUGGCAAGCAUCUGGUCUCACAUUCCUCCAAUAUGGUGUUAGCCCUGCAAUCCAAAUUGGCCAGCAUGAGUACAGAUUUCAAACAGAUUCUAGAAGUGCGUACGGAAAAUCUCAAACAGCAGAAGACGCGACGAGAUCAGUUCAGUCAAGGACCUGGCCCGUUGGCCGCACACACUGUCUCACCAUCGACUGCCAAGCAGGGCUCAUUGCUCCUUAGCGAAGAGAACCAGGCUGUUAGCAUAGACAUGGGUGGAGGCGGAAGUGAUACACAGCCUCUUUUGGGACCACCUGCUCGUCUCCAACAGCAACAGCAGCUUGCCAUUUAUGAUGAAUCCGAUUCGUAUGUUCAACAGCGAGCGGAAACUAUGCAAAAUAUUGAAUCGACAAUUGUUGAAUUAGGUGGAAUCUUUCAACAACUGGCCCAUAUGGUCAAAGAACAGGAGGAAAUUGUGGAACGCAUUGAUACAAAUGUGGCCGAUGCUGAGCUCAAUAUUGAGGCUGCCCAUGGGGAGAUCCUCAAGUAUUUUCAAUCCGUUUCAAAGAACCGUUGGCUCAUGAUUAAGAUAUUUGGUGUAUUGAUAUUUUUCUUCCUUUUCUUUGUUGUUUUUAUGUCAUAAUUUAUCAAAACCGAUUGGGAUUCUUUAUAGACCCUCACUCUUUAUAUAUAUACAUCAAUUUUGAAUCCAGCUUCCCAUCACACAUUUAAGUGAACCGUUUCUGUUUAUUUUUGUUUCUUAAAGUAUCCCAAAAAAAUACGAAAUCCGAUUGUAAAAUAAACUUAUAAAAAUAUAUACAGCAAAAA